AAAGGGCAAUGUGGAGUGGAAGAGAGAAGCUCAUCUACACUAUGUCUCUGUCUCGCACAAACACACACACACACACACACACACACACACACACACACACACACACGCACACACACACACACAUACACACAGUUGGCUGUUGUUGGCGGUGACUGGGGUGCUGUGAGGAGAGUGGGGCUCAGUGUGACCAGGCAGAGGCCAGUGUUGCAGGCAGUCAGGCAGUGGAGAGAGUGUUGAGCGGCAGGGACGUGCCCGGGGUGGAUAAACCAUGCUCACUAAGUGGGAGAAAGACUCUGCCCAGGACACAAGAUGAAGGUGGAGAGGAAGACCUCCUCUACGGGCGACAGUUUUACAGACAUUCCUCCACUACUGACGCUCUCCGGCCUCCUCCUCCUCCUCCCUCUCCUCGCAGGUGAGGUGUCGGGGGUGAAUGUGACCAGCCAAACGGAGGUGGUGAGGGGCACGGUGGGCAGAGAGGCCCUCUUGUCGGUCAGCUACUCCAGCAGCAGCGCCGACAAGCCCGUGAUCAAGUGGCAGAUAAAGAGGGACAACGAGAAACCCAUCACCGUCGUGCAGUCCAUAGGAACAGACAUCAUAGGGAACCUGAGGCCGGAGUACCGCAACCGCAUCCUGGUGUUCGAGAAUGGGUCCCUGCUGCUUCACAACCUGCAGCUGUCGGACGAAGGGGCCUACGAGGUGGAGAUCUCCAUCACUGACGACACCUUCACCGGAGAGCGCCACAUUGAGCUCACUGUGGACGUUCCUGUGUCCAAACCUUACAUCCAGAUGAUGGCCUCGUCCGUCCUGGAGUACAGCGAGCACUUUAACCUCCACUGUUCCCACGAUAACGGCACGAAGCCCAUCUACGGCUGGGUGAAGGGAGGCAAGGUGCUGAGCAACGACUCACGACUGCUGCUCUCACAUGACCAAAAGGUGCUGACCAUCGCUCGCGUCCUGAUGUCCGAUGACGACGUUUACGCCUGCACGGUGGAGAACCCCAUCAGCAGCAUGAGGAGCAUACCUGUCAAGCUAACUGUCUACAGACGGAGCUCGCUAUACAUCAUCCUGUCCACUGGCGGCAUAUUCCUCCUGAUCACCCUGGUGACAGUGUGUGCCUGUUGGAAACCCUCCAAAAAGAAGCAUCGACCCGUCCCCCAAAGAGCUCCCAUCUAUGUGGAGCAGAGUGAAAAUGGCCAUGAUGUUGAUGUUGUUCCCAAACCAUCUACGCUCGGUCGAAGGAGUCCCAUGCCUCUUUAUGUUCUCACUGAAGAUGAGACUCUGGAGCGUUUGGAAGAAUGCUCUGGCAAUGCUGUCAGCCAAUCAGAAAUGAAUAUCCCUGCUACCUAUGCUGCGGUCCUUCCCCCCUCCAACAACAGAACUGAGCGGCCUGUCUGGACCGCCCCACGCAGAUACCCCCGCAGCCCCUCUCCACUGGCACAGCCUCUCCCACAACCCCUCCCGGGUCCUCCCCUGCGCCCCAUCCGCUCGCCGGCUCACUCCCCCGGUUCAUCUCCACGCAGCUUCAGUCCCAUCAGAAAAGCCCGUCCACCGGUGGGAAUCCCCACCAGCAGCCACCUGCCUGUAGAGGCGGAGUGCGCAGAGCCGUGUGAUCAGACUCAGUGUCCAUCACAGCAGUGACAGCUGCUCAGAUGUCUGUGUUUCUUCUGUGAUUGUAAAGUACAUGUAUAGAUUGUUGGUCUUUGUUGCAUCCUGCAGCGGAGAUAAAGGAUUCGAUGCACUAGGAUAAGAGAUAAGUUCACUUUCAGCUAACUGUGUCUUUGUAUUCCAUUAUUUAUCAUCUAUUUCUCUAUGCACAGUGUUUCUGUAGUCUUUUGAUAAUAUCCUGUCCUGAGAGAAAUAUAUUCUGUCGACCGGUAAAGAAUUUACAGCUCUGGUAUAUAUUUUGCUUCUUGAUGAAUUAUAAAUUCUACUGGGAACUUUUGAUAAGUGCCUGUACAUACUGUAUGUAAGUUAAUAGCUACGGAUCAGGUAUUUCUUUUGGACAAUUAAACCACAAAGUGUAUUCUUAUUCAACAGUAGGUCAUCGAACAACCUAAGGUAAUAAAAACUGUU